AUGAAGUUUUUAUGUGAGUUUGAGGGGGAAUGGGGUUAGAUCUCUCUGGGAUGCGGCGCGAAAUUCAUAAGAUUUCGCUUCUUAAGUUCAUGUAAGUUCAAAAGAUCAAACUAAUUUCAUAAUUUUUCUAGUGGUGAGCAUUUUGCUUGCUGGAGUUGUGGCAGCUCAAAAUCCCGAUCCAGAAGGCCGUGAUGAAAAAUAUACCUACAAACAAUUAUGUUUGGUUGACAACAAACCACAAGUUCUUGAUGGUAAGACUUACUUUUUGUUAAAAAAUCUUAACGUUAAUAAAAUUUUCAUAAUUCAGGAUUCGAUUGUCGUUAUCAAGUAGCAGUUGCUCGUUGGCAAAACUCUGUUAACACAACUGGUUGGACAUUUUUGGAAGUUGAAACCAAAGAAGGAUAUUGUCCACAAUUGCAAGCAUAUUCUGCUGGAUAUCUUGAAGGACUUUUAUCCAAAACUGUUUUGAAUUAUCAUUUGCAAAAUGCCAAUGAAGAUUAUUGCACAAACUUCUCUGGAUAUUGCGGAAGAUUGGCUGAUUUCUUGACUGAAAAUCAAAAAUACAUUGAAACAAGUUUGGCAAACAGUGCUCCAGAUGAUCUUUAUUGGGGAGCUGUGAGUUGUUUUAAAUAAUUUUUUUUUAGAAAAUAAGAUCUUUCUUUAGGUCAACAGAACAUACCAUCAACUUACUGGAUUGAUUGAUGCUUAUGAAGGACGUGAAUUCAAACCAAGAGUUACCUAUGAACUUCAUCCAAUUUUAUAUCUUAACUUGAAUGGAGAUUUCUAUGAUUUGGAAAAGAAAUUGAACAAAACAAGAGAUCCAGCAAUCGACCAAACUGGUGGAAAAUGCUCUGGUUUGAUCAAGGUUGCUCCAGGAAACGCUGAUCUCUUCAUUUCUCAAGUAACAAUGAGUGGAUUCCAAAAUAUGUUGAGAGUUUUGAAAUUGUACAAAUUCGGAUAUGGUGAGUCAUAAAUUCUUGAUUUAUUUACGAAAAAAUACAGAAUUGUUUUUUCUCAGAUCGUCAACUUUACUCAGGAUACGCUUCAGCUUUCUCCUCAUAUCCAGGACUUUUGUACUCAUCUGAUGACUUUGCUCUCCAAACCUCUGGUCUCGCUGUCAUUGAAACCACUAUCAGUGUUUUCAACACCUCACUUUUCGAAAAGACCAAACCAGUCGGUCAACUCCCAACUUGGGUCAGAGCAAUUGUUUCCAAUCAAUUGGCUCGAAAUGCUAGAGAAUGGUGCAAGAUUUAUUCACAAUACAAUUCCGGAACAUACAACAAUCAAUGGGCUGUUUUAGAUUACAAUAAAUUCCAACCAGGAAAACCACUUCCAAAAUACGGACUCUUCUACGUUUUGGAACAAAUGCCAGGCAAAAUUGUUUUCUCUGAUUUGACAUGGUUUAUUGAAAAAUAUUCAUACUUCCCAUCUUAUAAUAUUCCAUUCUUCCAAGAGAUCACUGAUAUUUCUGGAUUCAAUGGCCAAGUUGCUAAAAUGGGAGAUUGGUUCAAAUGGGGAUCCUCACCAAGAGCCAAGAUUUUUGAAAGAGAUCAUCAUAAUGUUCACGAUAUUGAUACACUCACAGCUUUAAUGAGGUGAGGAUUUUUGGGAAUUUUUUUGGAAAUUGAAUCGAAAAUAUAUUUCUGAUCUUCUUUUUGAAAAAUGUGAACCAAGGGUGUACUUUCUCCAACAUUUCUGAAUAAUUUUCCCAAUAUUUUCUAGAUACAACGACUACACCAAUGACGAAUUCUCCAAAUGCAAAUGCAACCCACCAUAUUCCGCUGAAGCCGCAAUUUCAGCUCGUGGUGAUUUGAAUCUUGCCAACGGAACUUAUGAAUUCCCAGGACAAGGACACGUCAAUCACGGAGCUUUAGAUUAUAAGGGAACAAAUGUUGAGAUGAUGAAAUCAUUGAGAUUUAUCGCACAAGGUGGUCCAACUUGGGGAAAAGUUCCAUCCUUCAAAUGGAGUCAAUUUGAUUUUGUGAGUUAUUUUUUUUUCAAAACCGUCUAAUUUAUCAUUGUUUAUUUUUUCAGAAAGAUAAGGUAAAACAUGUUGGACACCCAGAUGAAUGGAAAUUCAAUACACUUGUACACAAGUGGGAAACUGAUAUCAAGAAUUGA